CAGAAACGUCUCACCUGAAGGGAGGGGCCCAGGUAGGGGAGAAAAGUAAGAACAGUAAACACGGAAGUGCAGGAAAUAAGAGAAAGGAAAAAAAAACUCUUUUGAGCAACACAAGUCGAGCAGAAAUCGAACAAACAAUCUCACCAUGGGCAUGUGUGAUGACCUGUCUCACUGUAAACUGGCACUGGCGUUUGCGGUGCUAAUGGAUCUACUGGGAGGAGUCUCUCUGCUGGUGGGAGUCUUUGUCUCUUUGGAGAUUAAGGGACAAGAAUUUGGAGACUUCCUAGUUUAUAGUGGGGUCCUUCUCGUUGUCGCGUCUUUGGCCGGGUGGGUGCUGUGGUACAGUGGGAACAUCGAAGGCCUGUCGCCAGAGAAGGAGCUUGGACAGAUCAGCUCUGCCGUCGACCGAAUCGCCCGCCGACUCAGCCGAAAGAUCUUCUCCCACCGGAAACACCUAAAUUAUUCACAAUCAAGCUGUGUUUGACAGUAUUUGUGGGAGAAAGAGUUACUCAAUUAAACCAAGUGUUACAGACAUACAAUAUUCAUUUCAUCAAAUGUAUGCCAUCUGACCUGCUACAAAGUAUUUACUUUAAUGCUUACUUUUGAACAGUGUUUGCUUUUUUUACCUGUCAUUUAUUAAAGUGGUAUUUUAUCAUAUAUCAAUAAAUUAAUAAAACACUUUUUAAUAA